CAGCAUCGUCCUGUCGCCGUCAUGGUCAGCAAGCAACGAUCAAGAAGCACUUUAUGCUGCGUAAAGGACAAAGGGGGUCCUCCAGGGGAACCGUGAUACCAUUUCAGAAGUAUCGAGUAUAGCAGACUCCAGGCUGCCGAGGUAGAAAAGGCACUAGCAGAGCUGGCAGGCCAUAGAGCCUGAUGUGUGUGCGUCUCCAAGCCAACUUCAUCUCGAGCCGCCAGCCACCUCUCCUCUCGUCGUCCUUCUCAUCGAGUCUCUCUUCAUCUCGGCCCGCACUCCUUUCGUCCAUCCCUAUCAAUCCGUUCAUCGCUCCCUGCUCACUUCGCAUGCAGCCAAACAGAUGGAGCGACGACGAGGCCAUUGACAGCUGCGAGAGGUCCGAGCGUCGGAUACGAGCUCAAGACAGCGUGAUCUCCUUCAGCCGUCGAGAGCGGCAGAAUCAGAUAUGAGCGAGAGCAUCAUGGUAGAGGCGCAAGAGCGUGCCCCCUCCCUCUCCACCUCCUCAAGUCCUGCGCACAGCUUCUUCAUAGACAUGGAUGAGCCCGCUUCUGGCCCUAGCACGCCUGUGGCCUUUAACGGCAUCCUUCCUCCAUCCCAUCCUGUUCGGCUGACCACGCCUUUGGCCAACACAUCGGACGACGAUGAUAAGUACGACGACGCUGUAGACAUCCAGGAACCCUCGCGGCAGGAAGAGUCAAAGGAGGAGGCAUCCUUUGCGCUAAGCAAUCCGCCUCUCGAUGCGGAUCGCACUCUGAUUCAACAAGAGCCUCCUGACAAUACAAAGGAGCAACGACCCGAAGCAUUGACUCUGCCGGCGUCGCCGCCGCUGCUACCGCAGCACAGAUUCACCGGUUUCGAGCCCACCGUCAGGGACAACGAUCACAAGGCCACGCCUCGCGAAGACCUUCUCACACCUCAACUCGAAGCCAAUCUCACGCUCCUCUCGCAACACGAUCAGCUCCGGCAAAGGUUCCUCGCGUUCGCUAAUGAUGCUGAAUGCGCUGUGCGGAGCAAGGACCACGCUGUGCUUCAAGCCACCGUCAGCGAGCUCUCCCUUCGUGUGCGCAAAGUAUCAGCCAUUUUCGUCAGCCUCACUGCCCAGCUCAACGAGAUGAGCGCGCAAAGCGUGGACAAGGAUCUCGGCCAAGCCCAGAAGCGCCUCAAGGCGGAGCACGACCGCAUAUUCAGCGAUGCCGCCUCGAAGCAGCAGCCAAAUGUCGUAAUCAAGGAUGGACUGAUGUUGUUGGACAUGCUCUUGCGUCAUCUGGGGGAACUCUCCGCAGAGACCGAGAAGCAGCUGGCAAAGGCCACGGAGAUGGUGCGCAGUCCCCGCUUCCAAAAUACCGGAAUCAGCUGAGAGGAAGUAAGGCUGAAGAGGAGAGGCAAUGGCAAUGUUGACUGAGGCGCAUGUAAAAAUGGCUUGCGAAGUGAUGGUGAUGUCAUUUGCUUGUUGGAAACAUGAUGCAGAAGAGAGGUCGUGGCGCUUAUAUCCAUUCCAAUCUAUACCAGACGCUUUGAUGAUACAAGCGAUGGUGAGAGAGGCGGCUCCGGCUGCUCGGCAUCCCCUGCAAAUGAGCUGCUGUUGUUCCCCUGUCCCCCAGCUCCAUGACUAGCCGCAAUGCUCGAGUGGCUCUUCCCAUAGUUGUUGGACGUGCCAGACCCACCGCUCUUGCCCGACGUAGCGCGAUUCGAGAUGGCCUCUGGCGAAUGGCUCGGAUCGCGAUGCAGAGAACGUAGCGAUUCCUUCUUCUCCUCGAUGUGAGAGGGCUGGUUGACC